AGCCGGCGGACAGACGUGCAUUCGACAGAAGCGCGGGAGGAAAAGAGGACCAAGUUUUUUUUCCGUCGUCAAUAAAUAAUCCACAACCGCCACAAACAUGCGUGAGAUCGUCCACAUCCAGGCCGGCCAGUGCGGCAACCAGAUCGGGGCAAAGUUCUGGGAGGUGAUCUCAGACGAGCACGGCAUCGACCCCACCGGCACGUACCACGGAGACUCAGACCUGCAGCUCGAGAGGAUCAAUGUUUACUACAAUGAAGCUACUGGUGGCAAGUACGUGCCCCGCGCCAUCCUGGUCGACCUGGAACCCGGCACCAUGGACUCCGUACGGUCAGGACCCUUCGGACAGAUCUUCCGCCCAGACAACUUCGUCUUCGGUCAGAGCGGUGCAGGGAACAACUGGGCCAAGGGCCACUACACGGAGGGGGCGGAGCUGGUGGACUCCGUACUGGACGUGGUGCGCAAAGAGUCCGAGAGCUGUGACUGCCUGCAGGGCUUCCAGCUGACCCACUCCCUGGGCGGCGGCACCGGCUCCGGCAUGGGCACCCUCCUCAUCUCCAAGAUCCGGGAGGAGUACCCCGACAGGAUCAUGAACACAUUCUCCGUCGUGCCUUCACCGAAAGUGUCGGACACGGUGGUGGAGCCCUACAACGCGACUCUGUCCGUCCAUCAGCUGGUCGAGAACACGGACGAGACCUACUGUAUCGACAACGAGGCUCUGUACGACAUCUGUUUCCGCACGUUGAAGCUGACCACGCCCACCUACGGUGACCUGAACCACCUGGUGUCAGCCACAAUGAGCGGGGUCACCACCUGCCUGCGCUUCCCCGGACAGCUGAACGCCGACCUGCGUAAGCUGGCCGUGAACAUGGUGCCGUUCCCGCGUCUCCACUUCUUCAUGCCGGGCUUCGCCCCGCUCACCUCCCGAGGCAGCCAGCAGUACCGCGCGCUGACCGUGCCCGAGCUCACCCAGCAGAUGUUCGACGCCAAGAACAUGAUGGCGGCCUGCGACCCCCGCCACGGCCGCUACCUCACCGUGGCCACCAUGUUCCGGGGACGCAUGUCCAUGAAGGAGGUUGACGAGCAGAUGCUGAACGUACAGAACAAGAAUUCCAGCUACUUUGUCGAAUGGAUCCCGAACAACGUCAAGACCGCCGUGUGCGACAUCCCGCCACGAGGGCUCAAGAUGGCGGCCACCUUCGUCGGAAACAGCACUGCCAUCCAGGAGCUGUUCAAGCGCAUCUCCGAGCAGUUCACAGCCAUGUUCCGCCGCAAGGCUUUCCUCCACUGGUACACCGGCGAGGGCAUGGACGAGAUGGAGUUCACCGAGGCCGAGUCCAACAUGAACGACCUGGUGUCCGAGUACCAGCAGUACCAGGAUGCAACUGCAGAGGAGGAGGGUGAAUUUGAGGAAGAAGAGGGGGAGGAAGAUAUGGAGGAAUAAACCUCCGCCACACAUGCCUACAGUGCAGACGGAGGGUCAUCCGCUUCUUUCCCACAUUUCUGGUUUUGUUUACGAACAUUUCCAUUGGAACCACCUCAAAACGCUCCUCCACAUUUGCAUAACCACGUGACCAACCUGCCCAGUUAUGUGUCAUGACAUAGGGCUGUAAAAGACUGUGUGAAGAUAUUUGAAGUUGGAUAUUAAAGAAUGUAAGGGUACAGAUUACGGAGAUUGUGAAGACCGAGUUGAUGUUGUGGCUCAUGCUGGUGGUCAAAGAAGGGUUCACAAAUUUUUGUCCUUUUAAAGCGUAUUUGGAACAAGAUGUGCUACUGGCUAAACUGUCAAGCUUGCUGAUGGAUAUGUAUGUGUAUAUUGUGAUAAUGAAAGAGUGUUGACAAAAUGAAGUAACGGUCCAAGAAGGAGUGAACGCAAGUUUAGAAAAUAAAAGUGGCGAUGCCUCUAA